GCCCAGCACAGCCUCCCUGGGGUCGGUCCACUUUUCCCCAGGUCCCAGCCCAGAAAAACAGACUUUCCCCUCCGUUUGGAAGACUGACUCACCCCCUCUUCCUCCCAGCUCUCCAAAAGGCCCAGAGCCCUCGGGAAGUGUCCUCCUCGGGGCUCCCUCCUCCCCCGAGGCUUCUGGCCUCAGGCCUCCCGGGCGGUUCCAGAGACCCCGGCGCAUCCAUCCUCUCGGCCUCACCCGGGCUGAGGCCCCUUUACCUUCUCGCAGCUCCGCUCCGGCCGGCCGGUCGGUCGGGAGGCGCGGCCCUUCCGCACAGCCCGCGGGGCCGCUGCAGGUUUGGGCUAGUCCGGGGCGGGGUCUGGGAGCGCCUGAAAGUGGGGACGAGGGCGGGGACGCGGGCCCAUCCUUAAAGGCCCGGACCGGCCCUAAGGCGCCUCGACAGCCGCCGGCCGCCCCGGGCGGCCCCGAGAAGCGCGCACGGCGCGGGUCCCCUCGCCCGAGCCGCCAUGGGCCACUACCGCAUCCGCGUGGCCACCGGAGACUCGAUCUUCGCCGGGUCGCUCAACAGCGUGCACCUGGGGCUGGUCGGGGCGCGCGGGGAGACGGAGCUGGAGCUGCAGCUGCGGCCGGCGCGGGGCCAGGAGGAGGAGUUCGAGCUUGACGUUCCCAAGGACUUGGGGCCGCUGCAGUUCGUCAAGCUGCGCAAACACCACUCCCUGGUGGACGACGCGUGGUUCUGCGACCGCAUCACGGUGCAGGGCCCUGGAGCCGGCGAGGAGGUCGCCUUCCCCUGCUACCGCUGGGUGCAAGGGGACAGCGUACUGUGCCUGCCCGAGGGCACCGCCCGCCUGGCAGGAGACAACGCACUGGAUGUGUUCCAGAAGCAUCGAGAAAAGGAACUGAAAGAAAGACGUCAGAUAUACUGCUGGGCCACCUGGAAGGAAGGGUUACCCCAGACAAUAGCUGCAGGCUGUGAGGAUGACCUACCUCCAAACGUGAGGUUCCAUGAGGAGAAGAGGAGAGACUUUGAGUGGACACUGAAGGCAGGGGCUCUGGAGAUGGUCCUCAAGCGUGUCUACACCCUCCUGAGCUCCUGGAACCACCUGGAGGAUUUUGAUAACAUCUUCUGGGGCCAGAAGAGCACCCUGGCUGAGCAGGUUCGCCAGCACUGGCAGGAGGACGAACUCUUUGGCUACCAGUUCCUCAAUGGCGCCAACCCCAUGCUGUUGAGACGCUGCACCUCUCUGCCCUCCCGGCUCGUGCUGCCCUCGGGGAUGGAGGCGCUACGGGCCCAGCUGGAGAAAGAACUCGAGAAUGGCUCCCUGUUCAAGGCCGAUUUCACCCUCCUGGAUGGAAUUCCGGCCAACGUGAUCCGCGGAGAGCAGCAGUACCUGGCUGCCCCCCUCGUCAUGCUGAAGAUGGAGCCCAGCGGGAAGCUGCUACCCAUGGUUAUCCAGAUCCAGCCUCCCAGCCACAGCUGUCCCACGCCACCCCUGUUCCUGCCCUCCGAUCCUCCCCUUGCCUGGCUCCUGGCCAAGUGCUGGGUCCGAAAUUCCGAUUUCCAGCUGCACCAGCUCCAGUAUCAUCUGCUGAACACCCACCUGCUGGCUGAGGUCAUUGCCGUGGCCACCAUGAGGUGUCUCCCAGGGCUGCACCCUGUCUUCAAGCUCCUGAUCCCACACAUCCGCUACACUAUGGAAAUCAACACGCGGGCCCGGACCCAGCUCAUCUCGGAUGGAGGUAUAUUCGAUAAGGCAGUGGGCACCGGUGGAGGGGGCCACGUGCACUUGCUCCGCCGGGCGAUGGCUCAGCUGACCUACCGCUCCCUCUGUCCCCCCCACGAUCUGGCUGACCGCGGCCUGCUGGGAACCCCAGGGGCUCACUAUGCACACGAUGCUUUGCAGCUCUGGGAGAUCACUGCCCGGUACGUGGAGGGGAUCGUCCAGCUCUUCUACCACGGGGACGAUGUCGUCAAAGAGGACCCUGAGCUGCAGGCCUGGUGUCGGGAGAUCACUGAGGUGGGGCUGUGCCAGGCCCAGGACCGAGGCACACGUGCAGCGUCUGAAUCCCAUGCCCACCUCCUAAGACUCAGGACGAGUCGAGACAGCCCUCCUCGGAGACCCUGGCCAUCAACCUUCCACCCUGACCGCCUAACCUGCCAUAGCACGGGGCCCAACAGGGCCAGAACUUCAGCCAGCGAGGGAUCUGCCCGGGCCCCGCUGGGCAGGUGAUCUCCUCGCCCGGCUGCCCAGUCCUGCCUGAGGAUAUAGAUGGGAAGAGAGGGCCACUAAGGGCUGUGCUCACGCCGUCUGUUUUCCCUCUCCAGCCCGCUACCGUCCAGCACAUACACACAGGAAGUCCGGGCACAGGGCACACCGACCACAGGGCAAGGUGCUUGCCAGGUGCCAACUCAAUCAGUGCUCCAGGUGCUCUGGCUCAACCCUAAAUGCCAGGCCCUGGCCCCUGGGGCUCCCAUUCCUUUGGCCACUGCGGCCUUCCCCGCCCCGGGGCCCCACUGCUGCUAGGACCAGCCACUCCCUUUACCACCUCCUGCAACAAACAGCCUUUCUCCAGCUCGCCCUGAGCUCAUCCUCCUCCAACACACAUGGGCCUGCCUGGACGGCCCCACGUUGCCCUCCAGUCCCCGCCCGUCACACUUCACACCAACACCUCUGCCACUGUGUGGGACACCUACGGUUUACUGGGGAGCUGCUGCGGCCAGCCCCUGGGGGCUCAGUGAGCAGUAAAUCAGCACUCCCACUCCGGAGGGAGCGGCUCCCUGGGGAAUCUCUGGCCGCCCCUGCCCCCCACUUCCAGGAGCACACUGUCUCUACUCGGGAUCCAACCUUGACAGUAAAAACAAACACCUGCCACCUGCGUGUUAGCCUGACCCUCCCCCAGUGCCUCGCAGCCGCCCUCCCUCCGCUCCCCCUCGGUUCUCACAGCGCACCUUUGCCUCAUUUUCCCCAACAGACUUUUUAGAGAAAACUGUGUGAACAUUUUAAAAAGUCUGAGAUUAGCCGUCAGGAACUCCGGUUCAAGGUCAGCCUCUGCCUUUGCCCAGCUGUGCGAUCCUAACGAGUGGUUUAGCAUCUCUGGUCUUGUAUUUCUUUUUCUUUUUCUUUUCUUUUUUUGGCCACCCUGAGGCAUAUGGAGGUCCCCGGCCAGGGAUCAGAUCUGAGUCACAGAUGUGAGUGACGCAGCAGCUGCCGCAGCGCUAGAUCCUAUAACGCGCUAUGCCGGGCUGGGGAUCUAAUCGGCGUCCUGGCCGCUGCAGAAACGCCACCAAUCCCAGUGGACCACAGUAGGAACUCCUGAUUUUUGUUUAAUCUAUAAAAAGGGAGUGAUUAUAUCUGUUUCACCUUCCUAACAGGGUUGCUGGGUCUCUGAGCCCCCAACUUCCACUGUAAACCAAGUGACCAGACAUAAUCCAUUAUGGAAAGCCUCUCUUGGCUGUGACAUUAUGAAUCUAGGACCUCUCUCCUCCUUCACGUUAUACCUCAGACAUCUGUUAAUUCCCUGCUUGGAUUAGGUGGAAGCAUCCCUAAAUUCCUUUUUUAAAAAAAAA